UUUAGAGGGUGCUUGCUGUGGACAGGUGCUGGAGGGAGACCUGAUGCUCUUGAACAUGAGCAUGAAGCUGAGCUGAGAAGCAGGAGCUAAUUCCAUUUAACACUGAAGUUCCUUCUGUUUGGUACUACUCUGUGUGUAUCAGGCUGAGGACUUAUCUUCCAAGCUCUGUUCUUCAAGAGUCAAAACACUGAAGAUCCUUGGAUGUUUCAGCUGUUCUGUGCAGGAGAAACAGUCAUACUCCUAAAAUGUGGGCUGAGGAGCCUGAUCAGAAAACCAUCUCUACUGUCGCAGCAGCUGUACUAAGUCAUCUGAAGGUGAAGUUUUCCUACGUGACAAGGCCUUGAACUGAACACAGAACUAUACAGAGAGAGAAGAACAAAUCAGAAACUACACAGAUCAUCCAGAGCUUCUGACAUCUUGCAGUUUCACUGAUUAUGCUGGAAGAACAUGAUCAGAAGAUAGCAUCAUACACAAUGAUCAUGGCCCCACGGAAGAGGAAUCGUCAUGCGUUGGGGUUUCUUUGUUGUUUUGGAGGUAGUGACCUCCCUGAAAUCAACCUCAAGGACAACAACCCCCUCCAGUUCCUUGAGUUUUCUGUCCCAAUACCACCUGCAGAGGAGCUCAAUGCCAGGUUCUCUGAACUUGUGGAUGAAUUGGAUCUUACAGACAAGAACAGAGAGGCUAUGUUUGCACUCCCUCCAGAGAAGAAAUGGCAGAUUUACUGCAGCAAAAAGAAGGAACAAGAAGAUCCCAAUAAGCUUGCCACCAGCUGGCCAGACUACUACAUUGACCGCAUCAAUUCCAUGGCAGCAAUGCAGACGCUGUAUGCUUUCGAUGAAGAAGAAACAGAAAUGAAAAAUAAAAUAGUUGAAGACUUGAAGACAGCUCUGCGGACUCAGCCCAUGAGGUUUGUGACCAGGUUCAUUGAGCUGGAUGGCCUGAGCUGUUUGCUGAACUUCCUGAAGAGCAUGGACUAUGAGACCUCAGAGAGCCGUAUACACACAUCCGUUAUAGGGUGUAUCAAGGCACUGAUGAACAACUCCCAAGGACGGGCUCAUGUCCUGGCUCAUCCAGAGAGUAUCAACAUCAUCUCCCAAAGCUUACGGACUGAGAACAUCAAGACCAAGAUUGCUGUGCUAGAGAUCCUAGGGGCUGUCUGCUUGGUACCAGAUGGUCACAAGAAAGUCUUGCAAGCCAUGCUUCACUAUCAAGUCUAUGCUGCAGAAAGGACAAGAUUCCAGACAUUGUUGAAUGAGCUAGACCGAAGUAUGGGGCGAUAUCGAGAUGAAGUAAAUCUCAAAACAGCUAUCAUGUCCUUUAUCAAUGCUGUUCUGAAUGCUGGGGCUGGUGAGGACAAUUUGGAGUUCCGAUUACACCUACGAUAUGAAUUUCUAAUGCUGGGAAUUCAGCCUGUUAUUGACAAGCUAAGAGGACAUGAGAAUGCAACACUUGACAGGCACUUAGAUUUCUUUGAAAUGGUCAGAAAUGAAGACGACCUGGAACUUGCCAAGCGGUUUGACCUGAUCCACAUUGAUACAAAAAGUGCCUCACAGAUGUUUGAAUUGAUCAAGAAAAGAUUGAAGCACACAGAUGCCUAUCCCUAUUUGUUAUCCAUCCUCCAGCACUGCUUGCAGAUGCCAUAUAAGAGGAAUGGAGGAAAUUUUCAGCAAUGGCAGCUGUUGGACAGAAUACUCCAACAAAUUGUCCUGCAGGAUGAACGAGGAGAUGAUCCAGAUAUAGCUCCGCUGGAAAACUUCAAUGUCAAAAAUAUAAUUAAAAUGCUGGUGAACGAAAAUGAAGUCAAGCAGUGGAGGGAUCAGGCAGAGAAGUUUCGGAAAGAUCAUGCCGAGCUGAUGAGCAGGCUAGAGAAGAAGGAGCGGGAAUGUGAGACAAAGACCCAGGAGAAAGAUGAAAUGAUGAAGACACUGAACAAAAUGAAGGAUAAGCUGCAGAAGGAAUCCUUGGAGUUGCGCCAGACUCGGGACCAGAUGAAUGACCUGGUAGCUCAACUUAAUGAGUUCUCGCACGGGGGCAGUAUUUCCUUCCCACCCCCACCACCCCCUCCUCCAGGUGGCCCACUGGCUUUGUCGUCUUCUCUCAUGUCUGAGAAUUUGCCCCCGCUGCCACCUCCUCUGCCCUUCUCCAGCUGCCCCCCUCCUCCUGCUCCACCACCUCCUCCAGGAGGACCUCCUCCCCCACCAGGAGCACCACCCUUCUUCAGCAUGGGGAUGCCCCCUCCUUCAACAACCACCUUCAGCAGCAGUGGCACCAGCCUGAAGAAGAAAUCUAUCCCGCAGCCUUCACACCCACUGAAAUCCUUCAACUGGGCUAAGCUGAGUGAGGAGAGGAUCCAUGGCACAAUCUGGAAUGAGAUUGAUGAUUUAAAGGCAUUCAAGGUGCUGGAUCUAGAAGAUUUUGAAAAGAUGUUCUCAGCAUAUCAGAGACACCAGGACCUGCUAACUAACCCCUCCUCCUGUAAGCAGAAAGAGAUGGGUUCAACAGAAGACCUUUACCUCUCCACACGGAAGGUGAAAGAGCUCUCUGUGAUUGAUGGCCGGAGGGCCCAGAAUUGUGUCAUUCUCCUUUCCAAGCUGAAGCUGUCUAAUGAAGAAAUCCGACAAGCAAUCUUGAAGAUGGAUGAACAAGAAGACCUAGCAAAAGAUAUGCUUGAGCAGCUACUGAAGUUUGUUCCUGAGAAGAGUGAUACCGACCUGUUGGAGGAGCAUAAACAUGAAAUCGAGCGCAUGGCCCGGGCAGAUCGUUUCCUCUUUGAAAUGAGCAGGAUUGACCACUACCAGCAGCGGCUCCAAGCAUUAUUCUUUAAGAAGAAGUUUCCAGAGAGGCUGGCAGAAGCAAAGCCAAAAGUAGAAGCCAUUCUUCUGGCAUCCAAAGAACUCAUCCGCAGCAAACGUUUGAGGCAACUCCUGGAGGUGGUUCUGGCCUUUGGCAAUUAUAUGAACAAGGGCCAAAGGGGAAGUGCAUAUGGCUUCAAAGUCUCCAGCUUGAACAAAAUUGCAGACACCAAAUCCAGCAUAGACAGGAACAUUACACUGUUGCACUACUUGAUUAUGAUCUUUGAGAAGAAUUAUCCAGAUAUCCUAGAUAUUCAAUCUGAGUUGCAGCAUCUUCCAGAAGCAGCAAAAGUCAACCUGGUAGAGCUGGAGAAGGAAGUCAACAACAUAAAGACCGGAUUGAAAGCUGUUGAAGCUGAGCUGGAUUAUCAGAAGAGACGCAUACGGGAAUCAGGUGACAGGUUUGUUCCCGUCAUGAGUGAUUUCAUCACUGUGGCCAGUUUCAGCUUCUCAGAGUUAGAAGACCUUCUCAACGAAGCUAGAGACAAGUAUGCCAAGGCACUGAAGCAUUUUGGAGAGAAUGAGGGCAAGAUGCAGCCAGAUGAAUUUUUUGGCAUCUUCGACACUUUCUUGCAGUCGUUUGCAGAGGCAAAGCAAGAUCUGGAGAAUAUGAGGAAGAAAAAGGAAGAGGAGGAGCGCAGGGCACGCAUGGAGGCCAUGCUGAAAGAGCAAAGGGAAAAAGAGAGGCGACAAAAGAAAGCGAAAGCAGGAAGCAUCUCUGAAGAAACCGGGGAAUUUGAUGACCUGGUAUCAGCAUUAAGGUCGGGUGAAGUCUUUGACAAAGACUUAUCCAAGCUCAAGCGUAACCGCAAGCGUUCGGGGAACCAAGGCUUAGAUUCAAGCCGGGAGCGGGUGGUGACAAAGCUAAAUUAUUAAUUACAAGAGAAAGAAAAAUAAACAACCGAAAGAAGGUGAUGAAAAAGUGCAAAACAAGGAAGAUGGAUGUGUGUGAUGGCUCCUGGCUGACAGCUGCCCCAAAGGAUUUCUUUGGUCUGUGGCUAGAGACGUUACCUUUCCAUGAUCAGCUUUCCUCUCAUCCCCCCUCUGUGCUCCUAAUUUGAACCAUUAUAAAAGUGCCUCUGUGGAGCCAGCAGGGUCUGUGACUGGGCCAUGCAGAGCUGACAGAUUUGCUUCUGGGAGUUUAUUGUGUCAUCAAAGGCCUCAUGGUGAUGACAGAAAGUACUUGGGCCUUGCAGACUGCCUCACAGCUGGAGAAAGAUAAUUUUCUGUGUGCCAAAGUAAAAAUGUGCUACGAUCUCCAUCUUGCUGAUAAUAAGCAAGACGAAUUUCAGAAGAGCUCUGUAAACACCUGUCACUUCUUCAGGAUCUAGAUUGGCCUUCGGGGGCUUGUCAAGAUGUGGUUUUUGAGGUUACAAGUUCCCUCCCAGAAUUGGAUUUUUAUAAGCCAUAUUGAUUAGAGCCUGAAAAAUACUUUUGAUACCAUGUUCUGUAUAGUAUUUUUGUGUGACCUACAUUGUCCAAUGCAAGUGAUGCUCAGAAGGAAGUAAUUGGUUCUGGAAGAAAAUGGAAUUCAAGAAUCAGGAUCAACAUAAAACAUUUUGCAAAAGUCUGUUGGAUUCUGCUUUUUUAGAAACGAUUUUCUGGAACUUGUUGAUGGUAGAGCCUCAAAGCGAUGAAAUGCCUCUUCUAGGAAAGAAGUUCUGGCUUUUUAGAAAACUAUGCCACUGGCAUGUUGGAGUUACACCUAGAUGAUUGUGGAGCCUGUUGUAAUUGCUGGAGGGUGGGAAGGAAACAACUGAACAUUUCUUACCUGUUUGUGCAAGGUUUCUUAGUGGAGCCCAAUGGAAACUGGGAGCUCCCCAGUAUCAUCCACAGGUCGUAAGUGGCAAAAAGCAAACGGGGUCAAAAGCUGCAAGAAAUGAGAUUUCUUUUCCACUUGAUGCUAGCUGCAAUUGCUGUUGGGAUGGACUGGACUUUCUGUUUAACAGGCUGACCUUCACUGCACACACCCCACUCCUCCUUAGGGGAAUCACAUAGUAUAGUAGGAUAUAAAUGGUGUCAAAGGAGAGCUGUGGAGCCCAUGGCCUGUUCCAUUUAGAAGGGAUUAUUUAGCGUGAACCAGUGGAAGGUCCUGUAAGGAAAACUAAGAACUUUUUUCAGGAGGACACAAAAUUGUGUAAGCCAAGCAGGCUUUGGAGAUGGGUGAAUUCAUAAGAAAAAAAAAAAAAAAAAAAAAGAAAAUUGCAUUUAAGCUACAUGUAUGAAGCACGGACCCCAAGAAGAGGACUGAAUUAUGAAUUUGGCGCAUCUUCAUGGCUCUAGGAAAGGGAUUGGAUUAUGCAGGCUGUUGUGACCUUUUAUUUUUUUUUUUAAAUCUUGUCUUCCUUUUUGAUUAUCUUCCCUGGAGAGGGAAAAGAAAAAAAUGGUGAUGGAUUCUUCCUCCUAGACGAGCAGAAAACAAGAACAUUUGAGAAGAGGGGCCCACCACAUACAAACUAUGCAUCAACAGUAAACAGCGCCAAAAGUCAAGGAAUCCCAGGGAAGUGAAAAAACUCCAUCAGUCACUUUAAUCAUUUGGUUUGAUUUUUUUCUCUGAAUGUCACUUAACCUCAGGCUCUGCACUGAGUCUGCAGAACAGAACUUUCUCUGCCAUGCACGCUGCCUGAUCAGUAUUACACUCUACCAAUAUUGGAGAAACCAACUGUGGUGGUUUUCUGAACACUAAAGUAAUUAUGUAAACUAUGGAAAGAAGCAAAAAAGUCAGAAUUGUUAAACUCUAAUGUUUCAUUGUUUACUGAAUUUCGAGUCUCCCACCCCAGAAUCACCCUAUUUACGACAUUCCAGACUGCCGCGCCUCUGUAUAAUACUCAUCGUAAAGAGCUGGUAUCUUACAAGAGCUGGGUGCAUUCUCCUCCCUUACUAUCCCACUCCCCUUCUGGGAUUAGCUAUUAACAGCAAUAUCCAUUGCAGCGGACACAAGCACCUUGUAGAAGAAAGACUGUAUUUCUUAAAGGUUUUUGAAAGUUUAAGAAAAACUCUCACUUUUUUAAGCAUUUUUAUUUUAAAUUACAAAAUGGAUUUUUAGAAAUGUCUCUUGUAAAUUAUAUUAACAAGCUCCUUGCUGCUCCCUGAAGUAGACAUGCUAUAUCCCAGCCCUGUUUUGUUUGUCUUGUUUUAAAGCAUGCCAUAUAACCUAUGCCAUGUAAGCCAUAUGAGAGGUGAUAAUAUGUGCCAAAUUGGUAUACAGUUGAGUUUAGAUUUUGAUAAUCCCUGAAUUCCAAAGAUGAUGUUUUUAGGGAUUAGGACAUUGUAGAUUUUUCCCCUCUUCAUUCUCCUUGGUUUUAGGACUUACCCAGAAGUUCAGGUGUAGUGCCAAGGUCAGCCCUGGUGCAAGAAGAUGUGACCUGUGGCUCUGUUGAACUUACGGCUGCUUGCUUGCUCCCCAGGUACUUGUUUGAUAAAGCAGGCUGUCAGCAUGGCAGUGCUGUUAGAGAAGAAACAGCUCAGGGCAAAACCCUUGAAUAUAAAUACAGCACCCCCCUUCUGGUAUUUUUCAAACCAGUUUUGUGGUGUGCUUUUUGCAACUGAAGUCACUUUGCCAGGCCACAGAUGUAGCAAAAGCAGGGAGAGUGCUAAGCCCUCUGCCCGUUCGUGUACACAGUUUGGUCCUGAUUUGAAAAGUUGUGUGAUGGUACGCGGCGCUCCAGCCACACUGACGGAGUCAAAGAAAGCUGCUGUAGCUUUGCCACCUCCUCGAUUCAUACACCAGUAAUAAGAGAUUGUGCAACUCCUGUAAAUCAGCUGUGGGAUACGUUAGUGGGACUGACAGACAGCCCAGAGCCAUGCCCCUGAUUCAUUGCAGCUCAGUUUUCCUAGCACUCCACAGCCCCAGACGUUUGGUUUGAAUCUGUGAUGGUGGCUGAAGGCUUCUUUCAGCGUGCUAAACAGUCUCCCCUGGCUGUGCACUCCAUGGUGAAUGUUCAUGAAAAGCAUUUGAUUACUCACUGAGGCAAGCAGUUAUUUCAUUGAAGUGGUGACAGGCGGAGAGGCCCAUUAAUAUGUCUACCAUAUGAGAUGGGGCUGGCCACACAGGAGAUAAGGAAAAAGUUGGCUCUGCUGUAGGGCCUGGCUUCAGAUUUUUGCUGAAGCCAAGUUUGUCCUUGCUUCUAGUCCCUUGGGUGCUGUGAGUGCAGCUAUGCUCUGUUCUUCGUAUUCGGUUGUGCUAGAGUUGCUUAGCGCUGAAGGGAAAAUCUUAUUCCUUGUCCUCUAGUGCUAACACAGCCUGAACAGGUAUGGCAAGCAGUCAGGACACUGAGGCAGAACCUCUUCCCCACACUCUGAGAGCCAGAGAAGAACCAAAGUCUGCUGUUGUCCUUGCAGCUGUGCCUAGCACCAGCAUUUUACGUGGAAAUCACUCUGUCUUUGGAAAUAAGUAGAGGAGGAAGAAAAGUGUAACAGAAGGUUAUAAUUGAGGGCUUGUUCUGCGUUACUCUUCCUACAGAAGUGUAGUUGUUGCUAACUUUAUGGUGAAGUUCUUCACACCUAGAAGAGGAGGUGCUUUCUAAUUCUCCAGAUCUUAUCCAUAGAAGUUUAGUGCUCCCUCAUUUAACUGCGUGUCUCUGCACUGUUCUUAAGCAGAUUGUAUUAGGAUGACCCCAGAAAAGACUGCAGAACUCCCCUACACACACACACCACACUCCCUUUAGUCUGUGUCACUCCUCUCAGUUGGCCAUAAGUCUCUGGCAACACUACAAGGUAAAGUGACUUCAGGGCAGUGAGGCCCUUCCAUGCUGUGCAGCAUAGCUAUCGUCUGGGCACCGGUUCCCUACAAGAGCAGAAGCAGGACUAAUGUUCGGGGAGAGAGACUCCCUGCUAGAGAGACAACUUGAGCAUCCUUCAGAAGCUUUUCUGUAAUGUGUUCACAGUGUCUGAGGAAGGGAAAGGAAUUGUGAAGGGCCCUGAUGGAGAACUGUGGGGCAGGUGUUUCCACAACGGUCAGCCCCACUGGCUGAAUCUUUCCUCUUUUUUAGGAAAGCUCGCACUCUGAGCUGGGUUGCAUGGAGAAGCUUGUGUCAGGAGUUUCUUUGAGGGGAAAGGAAAUCAGUUGUACAGUUGAUGAUGUACAUGAUAUAUGCAGUUUUGUUUCUGGGUUGGUUGUUUUGUUGUUUUGUUUUUCUUUUUUGUUUGGGGGUUAAAUGAUUUUUUUUUUUUAAAAAAAAAAAAAAAAGGUUUUAGGAAUCUCUAAGGGGAACCUGUAAAUCUGACACCUCUAUUUAUUUUGCCUUAUUUUAGUUUGCUAUGUUUGUAUGUAUACACUGCAUUGCAGCAAAGACUAUUGAGACCGUGCCAGGGCAUUACACCAGCGAGACAGCCAGCGUGGCUAUUCAGCAGCAAGUUGAGCCAGGUGAGGGGCUGUGUGUGAGCAGCCUUGGUGUGGGAAGGGACGGAAGGGAAAAAUUCCCUUUUGCUUUCAUCAUAAUCACUCUGCCCCAGUGAUACUCAACCUGGGAAAACGUGGCUUUUAAAGCAUGUGGUGAACUGAUGCAGGUGGGUUAUUUUAGAACACUUCCUAAAGAAAAAAAAAAUAAAUUUCUUGUUAUCAGUCAUGGUUAGAAGAUUAAGAAGAGCAAAACUGCACAGCUGCUAGCUCAAACUUCACCCUUCAACCCAAAUACUGUCUUUAAUGUCAGAGAAGCUUUGAGAGAUGUGUGAAAGUGCUUCAUGCCCUGUAACUUUUCACCAGAGUUAACAUGUUGGUGGGACAAACUUGGACAGUUCUCCUUCCUCAGAGCUAAGAUUCCUUCCCAUCUUCAGGGCCAAGGAAGAAGGAUUUUUGCUACUUUCCCUCUUUCCUCCUCCACUCCACCUCCUCAGAUUAUCCAGGUAAACAAAGUUUUUUGGCAGAUUAGUUUUGUACCCAUGAACUCUCUAGCCAUCACUACAUGUUUAGUGAUGGCUCCUUGGGUUCUGUAUUGGACUUGGGAGAUUUCUGAUUGCCUGCCAUCCAAAGAGUUAGCCACCAUUGGCCACCUUUACUUCUGUUAUUAAAGGAUGAAGAAACCAAUCUACCACAAUUUGGCUAACUAAAAAUGUAGACUUUAUAUAUAUAUAUAUUAAAGCUAUCUGCUACUCUAAGGAGUAGUUUUGAUGACCCGAAUCUCCUAAAGCUGGCCAGAUUAUGCUUGCUGUGCCUGCUGAGAAGGGUGCCAUCAGUUUAGAAAGGCGUUAUGGCACCUAAUUUCUAAAGAGGGUCCGGAUGCUCAGUAGAUCUUGCAAUCCAGAGUCUUAUGUUACUGGUGUUAAUGUAGAAUAGAUCCAGUAUACCCAGUACAAGUUGCUCUGUGUUUACACCAGCAUAAUUCAUAGCAGCAUCUGGAUCAAAACUCCCCUUUAAACAGCUUUGGCUGUUCACAAGAUGUUCCAUGGAGCUUGUGAAGGGCUUUUGCAAAAGUCCUUUCAGCUGUCCACUGCUAGGAGCUCUCAUGCAGCUUAUCUAGAAAAGUCUCUAUGGCAUGUCAUUCACAACCUACCCCUCCCUCCCCAUCUUUACACUUCCCCGUAAAAAGGCUCUUUAGAAGCCUUCGCAGUUUUAGGUUGUAAAGGGAUACCAGGUACCACACUCAACACUUCUCCCUUCCAAACCAUCUCCAUCUUCAGGCACCCUCCACCCCUGCAAGCCUGCUCAGCUUGAAACUUGUAGGUCGUUUUGGGAGGUGCCCCUGCCUGCUGAGCUUGGAAAGUACAGUGCUGCUUACUGAGUGGGAGGCUGCAAGCUGCUGUAAUGCCUUGGCGUAUCCUCAUUUCUUAGUCAGUUUAAGACUAUAAGUGAAUUAAAUGUACAAAUCCUGUAGUGUCCUUUUUAUCUGUAUCUUUUUAUAAGAAUAUACUGUAAUACUAAAAAAAAAAAAAACCACAAAACCAAAAGAAAAAAAAAAAAUUAAAGAUAUAUUGCCCCCA